AUGCAUCUGUUACCUACAUUGGAUUUCCUUUUGGAAGCGAGGAGGAAUUGGGACGGUCUGAUUUUGGCAGUUGGUCCUCUCCACAUAGAAACACUUCACUGGCAAGUGGAGUUAGUGGAUGGGGUCGUCUACCAACGGAGGAGGAGAUGGAAUGGAGAAGCAAUUGUAGAAAGCAUGGUGUUUUCUCCUGACAAGCGUUAUCUAUCUGAUGCAGAUGAUCGUUUGGUGUUGAAAAAGAAUGGGUGUGCCAGUUAUGGAGGGGUGGGUAAGGGGCAUGGGAUAGGGUUGGGAUUCAUAAGAUUGAGGAACUUGAUCUGCGAAGCAACAUCAUUUUUCGAUGUUCUGAAGCCCAAUUUGCCAGAGCAUGGUUUCCUGCAAACAAAGAUCCUAAAAAUUAAUCUUGUUACGUGUCCUAAUGUGGUGGAUGCUAUUUUAGCAAAUGCUAUGUUUAGUCACUAUGACCAUCCUGGUAUUGCUCAACUCUGUGAAAAAGCUAGUCUCUAUGUGCAGGCACUUCAGUACUACUCUGAAUUACCGGAUAUAAAACGUGUCAUUGUGAAUACUCAUGCAAUUGAGCUACCGUCUCUUGUAGAGUUAUUUGUGACUCUUUCUAUGGAGUGGGCACUGGAGUGCAUGAAGGACGGACCUUUGUUGGUUAACCUAAGACCAAGAGGCAACCCCUAGAUAAUUGUGCAAGUACCCAUUUGCCAUGCCAAUCUUGCCAAGGAAUACUUUGAGCAACUAGGAGUUAAUGCAUUCAUCAAACUUUUUGAGCAGUUCAAGUCAUAUGAAGGGCUGUACUUUUUCCAUGGGUCAUAUUUCAGCUCCAGUGAGGAUCUUGGCAUUCACUUCAAGUACAUUGAGGUUGCUGCCAAGACUAGACAAAUUAAGGAGGUUGAACGUGUGACAAGAGAAUCGAACUUCUAUGACACUGAAAAGACAAAGAACUUCUUGAUGGAAACACAGCUUCCACAACCACUUAUCAAUGAAUGAGAUCGUUUUGGGUUUGUUCCAAAUCUGACCCACUACCUUUAUUCCAACAACAUGCUCCGCUACAUAGAAGGUUACGUUCAGAAGGUUAACCCAAGAAAUGCUCCGUUAGUGGUAGGGCAACUGCUGGAUGAUGAGAGCCUUGAAGAUUUUAUUGAAGGCCUUAUUGUCUCUAUCCGUUCUUUGUUUCUAGUUGAACCACUAGAGGAGUGUGAGAAAAGGAAUCGACUUUGAGUACUUACCCCGUUCUUAGAGCAUCGUGAGGGAAGCCAAGACAUACAUGUCCACAAUGCUCUGGUUUUUCCUGAACACUUUCUCACCCCAAACCCAUACUAUGAUUCAUGUGUUGUGGAAUAUUGUGAGAAGCGUGAUCCCACCCUUGUUGUUGUUGCUUACCGCAGAGGACAAUGUGAGGAUGAGCUUAUCAAUGUAACAAAUAAGAACUCCCUAUUUUAUUUAAACUGCCGGUAUGUAGUUGAAAGGAUAGAUGGUGAUCUGUGGGAGAAGGUUUUAAACCCCAAUAAUGAAUUUAGAAGACAACUUAUUGAUCAAGUUGUAUCUACUGCGUUGCAUGAAAGCAAGAGCCCAUAACAAGUUUUUAUAGCUGUUAAAGCUUUCAUGACUGCUGAUCUUCCUCAUGAAUUAAUUGAGCUUCUUGAAAAGAUUGUGCUUCAAAAUUCUGCAUUUAGCAGAAACUUCAAUCUGCAGAACUUGCUUAUCUUGACGGCCAUAAUGGCAGAUCCAUGUAGGGUUAUGGUUUACAUCAAUAGACUAGACAACUUUGACAGAGCUGCGGUUGGAGAAGUGGCAGUGGAAGCCCAACUGUAUGAGGAAACGAUGGCAAUUUUCAAGCAGUUUAACUUGAAUGUCCAGGCAGUCAAUGUGUUACUAUAUAAUAUCAGAAGCAUUGACCGGGCUGUUGAAUUUCCAUUUCGUGUCGAAGAAGAUGCUGUUUGGAGUCAGGUGGCCAAGGCUCAACUCAGGGAGGGUUUAGUGAGUGAGGCAAUUGAGUCAUUUAGUGCUGCUUAGGAUGCAGAUGUUUAUCAUGACUUGGUGAAGUACCUUCUGAUGGUUAAAAAGACAAAGGAACCAAGGGUUGACAGUGAGCUCAUUUAUGCAUACGCAAAGAUUGAUAGGGUGCGUGACAUCGAGGAGUUCAUCCUAAUGCCUAAUGUUGCUAAUCAUCUGAAUGUUGCUGGUUUACCCAAAACAAAAAAAACAAAAAAAAAGAUUUUUUUUGCCUUCAUUUCUAACUGGGCCAAGUUGGCUAGCACACUCAUCAAGCUUAAGCAGUUCCAAGGUGCUGUUGAUGCAACAAGAAAAGCAAGCAGCUCAAAGACAUGGAAGGAAGUUUGCUUUGCUUGUGUUGAUGCAGAAGAGUUCCGCUUAGCUCAAAUAUGUAGCCUCAACACUAUCAUACAGGUGGAUGACUCGGAGGAGGUCAGUGAAUAUUGUUAAAACAGAGGAUCCUUCAACGGGCUUAUAUCUCUCAUGGAAAGUGGUUUGGGAUUGGAACGUGCUCAUAUGGGUAUCUUCACUGAGUUGGGUAUCCUAUAUGCUUGAUACCACUAUGAGAAGCUUAUGGAGUAUAUCAAAUUGUUUUCAACUCAUCUAAACAUUCCUCUACUGAUUUGAGCUUGCAAUGAACAACCCUGAAAGGAACACACGUAUUCAUAUAUUCAGUAUGAUGAGUUUGAUAAUGCUGCCACGACCACCAUGAAUCAUUCUUCAGAAGCAUGGGACCACAUGCAGUUCAAAGAGAGUGCAUUAGCUAGUAUGUGAUUCAUUGAUGAUGUGAUUAGAAGAUAUAUCAGCACAUUUAUGGUUGCUUAAAGGGUGGUUGGCAUCAGUUUAAGCGGGUACUCGAUCCGUAGUUAGGCAUCUGAUCUGAAUUAUGUGUUCUUGAUAUGCAUUUUGAUGAUUUUGCGAUGAAUGAGCAUUAUGUGAUUCAAAGAUGUGUCAGUGAAUUUUGUUGUUGCUUAAAGGGUGAUUGGCAACCUUUUAUUUAGAUCUUUUAUUCGAUGCCCAGUUGUUCAGGAAUACCGAAAAGAGAGGGGGCUUUGGUUUCUGGUUGAGACUAGGCCCGCUAUGCACACCGAAGUUGGUGGCAGGCAAAAUCCUUCCUAGUUUGCAGAAGCUGAACUAUCAUGACUUUGUUAACAAAUUAACUAACUUGGGUCCAAUGCUGGUAGAAGUUGCUGGAAAAGGUUAUAACUGAUAUUGGGGCCUUUAUGUCAUGACCGGUUAUAGUUGGCGUAUUUUUUCAAGAUUUUGGUAAAGUAAUAGAUUUUUGUAGUUGGUUUGUUAGAUUGCCAAAUUCGGACAUGAGAAGUUCCUGGUUGAGUAAACUAUCCCUUAUAUUCAUCCCCAGACCGCCACGCAACUGGUUCCUCUUAUGUCUGAUUGGCAUAAUUGUGGUAGUUGCAUUGUUAGGUUCUUCUUCUUCGAGUGCCUUUGUGACUCAAUUUCUCCCACUCCAAGGUCCGACAUCUAUACAAAUUACAUAAGAAUAAAUGAACAAGCAGCAAGUGAUUUCUUGGAGUUGAGGUCUUUAUCAUCAGAAGCUAUUAGUACAAGAGAGUUCAAUUUU